AUGUCCUUUUGGGUGGUGGACCAUUCUUGAUACACAUGGGAAACUGUUGAGUGUGAACCCAGCAGCGUUGCAGUUCUUGAGACAAACCUACUACCAUACCCCUGUUCAAAGGCACUUAAAUAUUUUUACACCGGAGACUUACUCCACAGUGUCACCAGUGGCUCUAGUGUUAUUUUGUUUUCAUCAAGGAGUGUGAUGCUAAAGUCUCGUGGCGAAUCAGAAUCAACAAACCCCUGUGUCAUCAAGUUGCUUUGUGACAAGGCGUUAUUAUGUAGGUCUACGGUCUGUACAGGUCCAGGAGUGAGUAGUAGGUCUGUACAGGUCCAUGAGUGAGUAGUAGGUCUGUACAGGUCCAGGAGUGAGUACUCGUAACACAAAGGGAGUUAUUAUGUAGGUCUACAGUCUGUACAGGUCCAUGAGUGAGUACUCGUAACACAAAGGGAGUUAUUAUGUAGGUCUACAGUCUGUACAGGUCCAUGAGUGAGUACUCGUAACACAAAGGGAGUUAUUAUGUAGGUCUACAGUCUGUACAGGUCCAGUAGUGAGUUAUUAUGUAGGUCUAUGGUUUCUCCACCUUUGUUGGCGUAGAUAAAGUCUAUAAAAGGUAGAGAUGUACGGUCUCCCCCGAACCCAUUCUUUCUCUCUUUUGCUUUUAAAAAAAAAUAGGAUUAACGGAACUGUCUACAGCUCACAUUCAUGGAGGUACACGCCGGUAACUACUCUUAACAUGUAUUCUAGCAGCUGAAUUAGCUAAUGUGUUUUAUUUUUUAUUCUUUUUUAAGUGUCCCACUAGGGCAUUUCAGACCACCUUUUUUAACUGAAGAAUGUCUUCUUUUUUUUUACGAUUGUGUUUUGCUUUUCAUUUAUUGUUGUGUUUAAUGUUUAGUUUAAUGUGUAUAUUGUAUUUUGAUGUGCAUUGACUCACUGUCAAAAUAAAGGUGAAAUAAAAAUUAUUUGGAGGUCUUUGGGGAUUGCAGCCAGAAUAGGGUGACGUGGGAGAGAUUAAAAAAAAAUUGUUGUGAUGCAUUUUAAUGACCAUGUUUGAUCACAACAAGGAAGUACGCAGCGAGUCCGAUUGCGAGUGACGAUGUUGAUUUUAUUCACCGCUUUAGCCUUACGGCUGCUUUCGUCAUGCCACAUUCACACGCAGAAUUAUGAAACUAACAUUCUGGACUUGCUAACUGGUUGGAACGCGGCAUGUGUAGAACUACCACCAGUCAACAGGUAGGACAUUUCCAGAGACCGACUAACCACGUGAACAUUGCAUUAGUUUUAGCAGAAGCACCUCUGGGAAUAGUGUUUCGGCUUGAAUUUCAAAUGGGUCACCAACGAGGGGGGUUCGAUUCAUUUCAAUGGGUCACCAACGAGGGGGGUUCGAUUCAUUUCAAUGGGUCACCAACGAGGGGGGUUCGAUUCAUUUCAAUGGGUCACCAACGAGGGGGGUUCGAUUCAUUUCAAUGGGUCACUAACGAGGGGGGUUCGAUUCAUUUCAAUGGGUCACCAACGAGGGGGGUUCGAUUCAUUUCAAUGGGUCACCAACGAGGGGGGUUCGAUUCAUUUCAAUGGGUCACUAACGAGGGGGGUUCGAUUCAUUUCAAUGGGUCACCAACGAGGGGGGUUCGAUUCAUUUCAAUGGGUCACUAACGAGGGGGGUUCGAUUCAUUUCAAUGGGUCACCAACGAGGGGGGUUCGAUUCAUUUCAAUGGGUCACUAACGAGGGGGGUUCGAUUCAUUUCAAUGGGUCACCAACGAGGGGGGUUCGAUUCAUUUCAAUGGGUCACUAACGAGGGGGGUUCGAUUCAUUUCAAUGGGUCACCAAUGAGGGGGGUUCGAUUCAUUUCAAUGGGUCACCAACGAGGGGGGUUCGAUUCAUUUCAAUGGGUCACUAACGAGGGGGGUUCGAUUCAUUUCAAUGGGUCACCAAUGAGGGGGGUUCGAUUCAUUUCAAUGGGUCACUAACGAGGGGGGUUCGAUUCAUUUCAAUGGGUCACCAAUGAGGGGGGUUCGAUUCAUUUCAAUGGGUCACCAACGAGGGGGGUUCGAUUCAUUUCAAUGGGUCACUAACGAGGGGGGUUCGAUUCAUUUCAAUGGGUCACCAAUGAGGGGGGUUCGAUUCAUUUCAAUGGGUCACCAACGAGGGGGGUUCGAUUCAUUUCAAUGGGUCACCAACGAGGGGGGUUCGAUUCAUUUCAAUGGGUCACCAACGAGGGGGGUUCGAUUCAUUUCAAUGGGUCACCAACGAGGGGGGUUCGAUUCAUUUCAAUGGGUCACCAACGAGGGGGGUUCGAUUCAUUUCAAUGGGUCACCAACGAGGGGGGUUCGAUUCAUUUCAAUGGGUCACCAACGAGGGGGGUUCGAUUCAUUUCAAUGGGUCACCAACGAGGGGGGUUCGAUUCAUUUCAAUGGGUCACCAACGAGGGGGGUUCGAUUCAUUUCAAUGGGUCACCAACGAGGGGGGUUCGAUUCAUUUCAAUGGGUCACCAACGAGGGGGGUUCGAUUCAUUUCAAUGGGUCACCAACGAGGGGGGUUCGAUUCAUUUCAAUGGGUCACCAACGAGGGGGGUUCGAUUCAUUUCAAUGGGUCACCAACGAGGGGGGUUCGAUUCAUUUCAAUGGGUCACCAACGAGGGGGGUUCGAUUCAUUUCAAUGGGUCACCAACGAGGGGGGUUCGAUUCAUUUCAAUGGGUCACCAACGAGGGGGGUUCGAUUCAUUUCAAUGGGUCACCAACGAGGGGGGUUCGAUUCAUUUCAAUGGGUCACCAACGAGGGGGGUUCGAUUCAUUUCAAUGGGUCACUAACGAGGGGGGUUCAAUUCAUUUCAAUGGGUCACCAACGAGGGGGGUUCAAUUCAUUUCAAUGGGUCACCAACGAGGGGGGUUCAAUUCAUUUCAAUGGGUCACCAACGAGGGGGGUUCAAUUCAUUUCAAUGGGUCACCAAUGAGGGGGGUUCGAUUCAUUUCAAUGGGUCACCAACGAGGGGGGUUCGAUUCAUUUCAACCGGGCGCCCGUGUAUGUGUGUUUUGCACUUGCUGAAAGUUGAUUGCAUUCCAUUUGGAUA